CCGGAAGUCAGAUGUUGCUGUUGAGUCACCCCUGACUGGUAAUAGCCAGAUAGCAGAAAACAACUAGAGAUGGUCCUGGAGAACUCGGCAUCUUUGAACCAUUCCAGACAGUGAAUAAAUGCGUUUUUCAAUUAGGAUAUCACCUUGAGCAUUUGUGCUUUACUUUACAAGACUGACGUUUUAUCAAAAUGAUGGAAGAAAUUGACAAAUUUCAAGUACCACCAGUAAAUCCAGAGACGAAGCUGCUGGAUCCUGCAGCAACGUCCACUUUGGAGGCUGAAACAGGAACGAGAGAAUCAGAGUCAGUCGCCAUCAAUUACAAGCCCUCUCCACUGCAAGUGAAGAUAGAGAAACAGCGAGAGCUUGCGAGGAAGGGCUCGGCGAAGAACGGAACUGUGGGUAGUCCAGUCAAUCAGCAGCCCAAGAAAAAUAACGUUAUGGCCAGAACAAGGUUGGUUGUCCCUAAUAAAGGCUAUUCAUCCUUAGACCAGAGUCCAGAUGAGAAGCCACUUGUAGCACUGGACACUGACAGUGACGAUGACUUCGAUAUGUCCAGAUAUUCAUCAUCUGGAUAUUCCUCAGCCGAGGUGAGAUGUCUAAAUGACCAGCAAAUAAACCAAGACUUAAACAUCCAGCUGCUGAAGGAUGGCUACCGAUUGGACGAAAUCCCAGAUGAUGAAGACCUUGAUCUCAUCCCCCCUAAAUCGGUCAACCCCACCUGCAUGUGCUGCCAAGCCACUUCCUCCAUAGCCUGUCAAAUUCAGUAACCCCUCCUGUCCCAAGCCUGUGAGUUAAGCGCACAGUUAGCACCCUCAGCGUAGAUUAACUACUAAAGAACUUAAAAACAAUAGAAUGGGUGUAUUAAAAUGAACAUAAAAUAGGGAAAAAUAAUGAAUGAAAAUGCACAAGUAUGUAACUGUCUUUGGUUCCUCCUAUGGUAGGACGUGAGUAUCAUCACCAGAGGGCACUAGAAUUAGGUGUGUAUAUAAAUGCAUGGUGCAACAUUAGAAGAAUACAGCUCUUUUAAAAUGGAACAAAAAUGAACAUUUCACACUACAGACUUCUCAGUAACCUUCAGUUUUCCCAAUGUUUUUGACUUAAAUACCCUCACAGUCCAUCAGGAAGGGCCCCUUUACACCAAAUCAGAAAUGUUUUCCUUUUCACUUAUAUAAUACAUAUUUAAAAAUGAUACAACAAGUCUCUUUUUUAUAGGUUUAUCAAAGCAAAAUCAACAUUUUUUUUUUCCUUUUUGGAAAUGACUGCUCAAGAACAUUUGCCUUUGUUUAACUGAUGCUUUCUGAUGUUAUUAGGACAGAUGUGUUUGUUUUGUAAUGAAAGGGAGUGUAUAGUGACCAGGUGAAUUUGUUUCUCAGAUCAUUUACAUUGCAGAUGUACGUAUUAAUAUAUUAUAUGUAGCUUUGUAGCAAACACUAAUAAAGGGAAUUCUCUUAAAUUGAGAUAUCCAUACAGAAGACACCGAUCUGCUACGAAAUUGACAGCAGAUGUAAUUGUUAAGUCAGGGAAUUUCAUUGAAUAAUUGAGAUGUGUUUACGAAGAGACUUUAUUUUUUGAACAUAUUCUUUUGUGUUCAGUGUUUCGGUCAGUGUUGCUGCACACAGACCCAACAGUUAAACUGGAUUAAAGGAACUUAAAUGUUAGUUUUCAAAGAUAAACUAAAAUGUACCUCGACAUAAGACACAAGUUAAUUCGGUACAAUUUUCAUCAUUUCUGAGAGCUUUGUUUUGAGAAUUGUUGCAAUGUAUUAGGAGGGGAAGAAAGCCUGUAUUGAUUUACUUAUAGAUAAUAACAGCUGCCAGAUACAUGUCCCAUAAUCUUUGUCCUUAACAGGACAACAAUUCUAUCAUUUCUGUUCAUCCGAUUUCUGUCAGAAUGCACAUAAUGUGUUGUUUCUUUAUUUUAAAGAUGGAAAGGUCAUGAAAUGCUUAUAGCCAGCAUUCAAAAUGUUGCCAGAAAUCAAUUUGACACUUUUGUGCUCUCGUCUUUAUAGUAAUUAGAAAGUACAGUACCAUUUUGUCCGACAUUAAGUGUAGUACUCUGGAACAGGAUACUCUGCAUUUGCUGUUUCUUUAUAAAUUCAUCUCAGCUGUUUGAGUCAGUGGCCAAAUCUAUAUUACUUCUGUUAAAAACAACAACUACAACACUCAACAAGUAUGAAGGUCCUUGCAUCGAUUUUAAGAUUGUACUGUUCUCUACAGUAUUUCUGUUUUCUUUGUCAUGCAACAGUUGUUUAUUUUGUACAAUUUACAGAGCACCUUAUCAUCUUGUGUGUAUUGUCACCCAGUUGCCAUUGCCAGCUGUAAUUAAAUGCCAUUGCACCAAACACAUAACCUAGUAACACUCCAGUUUUCAUCUGAUGUGGCAAAUUAAGAGAAUUCAUGAAAAGAGAUUACAAUAUAAUAGUAUAGUAAUCUAAUAUUUCAUGUUUUAUACACAACUGUUCAAAAG